AUGCGUAUUCGCCUACAGCCUCGCAGGAGACCACAAGGUAAGCGACCCCCAGGUAAGCUGAAUGUUGCCUUGUUGUCUUUGCCCGCUCACCAUCUUCAUUUCAGCAAUGGGCUAGCUCAAAGGCUAGACAACUUUCCUAUCGCUGCCGACGCCGCCGCUGCCGAGAACGCCUCCGUGGAGAACCGCUGGUGUCAACUGAGAGACACGGUUCAGUCGACGGCGCUCGCCGUCCUCGGUCGCGCGCCCCGCCAACACCAGGACUGGUUCGACGACAACGACGCCGCCAUCAGAAAUCUGCUUGCUGAGAAGAACCGCCUACACAAAGCCUACGUGGAUCACCCCACUGAGGACAACAAAGCUGCCUUCUACCGCAGUUGGUUCCAGCUUCAACAACGGCUGCGCGAGAUGCAGGACGCCUGGACUGCUCGCAAAGCUGAGGAGAUCCAAGGGUACGCGGACCACAACGAAUGGAAGGACUUCUUCUCUGCGUUCAAAGCUGUCUUCGGUCCGCCGACGAAGGGCACUGCUCCUCUCCUCAGCGCCGACGGCAACACUCUCCAGACUGAGAAGACGCAAGUCCAACAGCGAUGGGCCGAGCAUUUCCGAGGCGUCCUCAGCCGCCCCUCCAUCAUCUCCGACGCCGCCAUCGAGCGUUUGCCGCAAGUGGAGACCAACUUGGACCUCGACCUCCCGUCAUCUCUCCAGGAAACCAUCAGGGCCGUGCAGCAACUCUCCAGCGGGAAAGCACCCGGAUCGGACGCAAUCCCUGCCGAAGUCUACAAGCAUGGAGGUCCCCUACUGAUGGAUCACCUGACUGCGCUCUUCUAA